GUCCAAGGCGGUUCUGGGAGGGGUGCCCAGGAGUAGGGGCAGUUGGUGGGUGGGGAGGGUUGGGGGUGGAAGUAGGGGGUUCCCGCAGGGUGUGACGAGGUUGGCCCGCCCUACGUGUCCCAUAUACUUGCUGCCUAGCAGCCGAGCUGGAGUGUGUGGGGCAGAGAUCCCGGCCUACAUUCGGCAAGGCUGGCAAGGGCUCAUCCUGACCCCCAGAGGACCAUGAGGGCGCCAGAGAGUCAGAGUCGAUCAUCCUUGCCCCCGCCGUGGGCAUUGCCGACCCUGCUGCUAGCGAUGGCCAUGCGCGGGGUGGCGGAUACACCCACGUACCUGUGGCAGGACACGGCGACGCAAGAGUGGCUGACCUGCGCCCAGUGUCCCCCGGGCACUUUCGUGCAGCAGCCGUGCCGCCGCGACCAGCCCACGACGUGUGGGGCCUGCCCGCCGCGUCACUACACGCAAUUCUGGAACUACUUGGAGCGCUGCCGCUACUGCAAUAUCAUCUGCGGGGAGCACGAGGAAGAGGCCCGGCAGUGCAGCGCCACCCACAACCGUGCCUGCCGCUGCCGCCGGGGUUUCUUCGCACACGCAGGCUUCUGCCUGGAGCACACGCAGUGUCCGCCCGGUGCCGGAGUGACUGCCCCUGGGACUCCUAGUCAGAACACGCAGUGCCAGCCCUGUCCAGCAGGAACUUUCUCAGCCAGCAGCUCGAGCUCAGAGCAGUGCCGCCCCCACCGCAACUGCACAGCUCUGGGCCUGGCCCUCAAUGUGCCAGGCUCCUCCUCCCGAGAUACCCUGUGCACCAACUGCACUGGCUUCCCGCUUGGCACUGAUGGGCCUGGAGAGCCAGGGACAGAGGAGUGCGAGCGCGCCGUCAUCGACUUCGUGGCUUUCCAAGACAUUUCCUUCAAAAGGCUGCAGCGACUGCAGCAGGCCCUAGGGGAACCAGCUGAUUGGAGUCUGUCGCCAUCCAGGGAGGGCCGCGCAGCCCUGCAGAUGAAGCUGCGGAGACGGCUCUCUGAGCUCAGCAAGGCGCGGCACGUGCCACUGCUCCCGCAGCUGCUGGCAGCUCUGCGUGCAGCCGGGCUGCAGUCCCUGCAGCGUAGCGUCCAUGCUCGCUUCCUCCCAGCUGACUGAGUCCCAGCUUUUCGGCAUAUUUAUUCCAUACGGUGCACUUCUCACUUAGUCCUGCACCAGUAUGGCUGUCAACCACACCAGAGACUGAGCAAAGUUUAUUUUAUAAAGCCACUUAAACCUGA